CUCAUCUCUUCCAAUUGAUCAUGGAAGGUGGGAGUCCUCACAUAUUAAUGCUGCCAUGGUUUGCCUUUGGCCAUCUUCUUCCCUUUCUUGAGCUCGCUAAAUCCCUCGCCGGAAAGGGCCACCGUAUCUCUUUCCUCAGCACCCCAAGAAAUGUAGCAAGACUCCCCGCCAUCCCCCCGCCUCUCACUCCCUUCAUCAACUUCAUCGAAAUCCCACUACCUCAAAUUGAACACCUGCCGGAGAACGCCGAGGCGACGGUAGACCUCCCUUCGGCUGAUCUCCGUCCAUAUCUAAGUAAAGCUUUUGACACUUUUGAGCAAAAGAUCUCCGAUCUCAUCCAAACCAAGCAAAUCUCGUCUCUGGAUUGCAUCCUCUUCGACUAUGCCGCUCACUGGGUUCCAAACAUUGCUGUAAAAUUCGGCGUGCCGUGUGCGUUCUUCAGUAUCUAUAACGCCUCAUCCUUAUCCUUCUUCGGCCCGCCGUCGGUUCUAAUGGGCGGCGCAGGUGCUAGGAAGAAAGCAGAGGAUUUCACCAUGUUGCCUACGUGGAUUCCUUUCCCUUCCACGAUCGUCUUCCGCCCUUUCGAGGCUCGCCAGAUAUUCAAUGGAUCAGCUCCAGAUGCAUCUGGUGUAUCUGAAACUUAUCGGUUUGCGAAAUCAAUACAGGGAUGCCAAAUCGUACUCAUCCGUAGCUGUAANGAGCUGGAGCCCGAAUGCUUGCAGCUUCUCGGCCACCUUUAUGAGAAGCCGAUCGUCCCUGUAGGGCUUCUACCACCCUCAAUUGAAGAAGGACAGCACGCAGCGCUUGAUUGGUUAGACAAGCAAGGACAGGGCUCAACUGUGUAUGUUGCCUUCGGAAGUGAAGUGAAGCUAAGUGCCACGGAGGUGAUGGAGAUCGCCGUCGGCCUGGAACUGAGCGGGCUGCAUUUCGUUUGGGCAUUGAGGGUUGGGUCGGUGCCCGCUGGGCUCGUGGAGAGCAUAAAGGAGCAUGGCCGUGGGCUGCUUUGCAUGGACUGGGUUCCUCAAAUUCAUAUCUUGGCUCACCCUUCCAUAGGAGGUCUCUUGUCGCACGCUGGGUGGAGCUCGGUUGUGGAAGGGUUGGCGUUUGGGCUGGCGAUGGUACUUCUGCCGAUGGUGUUCGAUCAGGGGCUAAUUGCAAGGAAAAUGGUGGAGAAGGGAUUCGGCGUCGAGGUGCCUAGGAAGGAGGAUGGGUCGUUCACAGGUGAUGAGAUUGCGCAGAGCCUGAGGUUCGCAAUGGUUGAGGACGAAGGGAAAGUGCUGAGGGAAAAGGCGAAGGAAUGCAGGAAUUUAGCGCCGGCAGCGCGGGGCGCAGGCGAAGCGCGGCAUCGCCGCAUCGCAGGCGAAGCGCGGCAUGCACGUUUCGGGUCAAACGGCCCCAACUCCCACCCUCUCAAAGGCUGUCUCAUCCCUUUCCACCGCAACCACCGCCGCCGCCUCCUCCAUUACUACACCGACGUCCUUGCUGCCUCACCAUUGAACACCAUCACCCUCUCCGGCCUCGCCACCCGCUACACCAUCGUCGCCUUCGUUCCCUCACCACCUUCUACUGUGUUGGGGAGAGAUAAAUGCCUCUGA